AUGGCCACCAAGACUCGCGCCCCUCUCCCCGUCUCGCCUGGGCCCUGGUCGCUCCAAGGCGAGGCGUGGAUCUUCAUCAUCCGCGAUCAGCCCUUCUCGGAGACGCCCGUCCCGCUCCCCGAGGGCAACUACGCGCCACUCGAGAAGGGCAGCGCUGGCGACCUCAGCCACCGCUUUCACGGCGGCACUGGCCUGUUUCUCGUCAUUCGCUACAGCGCCACACCGGUCGGCCGGUACGACGAGAUCAUGAUCGUGCCAGGCUUGUUCUCGUACAAGGUCAAGGGCCGCAAGGACAAGCUGUAUCGCUGGGCCAUCACGAGGCUGUACGUCUCGCGCGACGAGUCGACUUGCAACGGUCGCCCUAAUUGGGGCAUCCCCAAGCACACGGCCGACUUUACCUUCACCGACGUCGCCGACGGCUCGCAGCAGCUUACGGUCCAGCACCCGGUCCCAGGCGCUACCCCAUUCUUCCGCUGCCGCCUCCAGCACUCGCGCCUCACGCCCUUCUCGUUCCCGGUCUCGACCACGUGGCUCGAGACGCGCCUCGCCAAGACGCUCCUCGUGCGCCACUACGAGAUCGAGCUCAUCCAGCCACCGUGCCCGGCCGCCGAGGGCGACGACGACCCGCGCAUCGCGCCCGAGGGCCAGCGCGCCGAGGCGCUCAAGGAGGGGACGGGCUAUCGUCGCGUUCUGCACCCGGCGUCGGGCUGGGGCAAGGCGUGCAAGCUCCUCCCGGCGCCACCUGCGGCCGGCGAGCCUGGGUACGGGCAGGACUGGAGCGAGUUUGGCGACGGCAAAAGCUUCCCCAAGUUCAAGGGCUCGUACCUCGAGCGCCUCAACGUCCACCUCCUCACGUUCGACAUGCUCGUGCCGCUCGCCGAGCUCGUCGACGUCGAGGACGAAUGA